UGCUGGCCCCAUUCCAGCCCAUCCUCAUCCACGCCACGCGCUGUGUGGCCAGGGAGGGAAUCACAGCCAAUUUUUCCCCUUUCGACUCUUCCACCACAACCACCGCCAUCCAUCAACUAACCCAUCCCUUUCGCCCUUUUUCUUUGCCUGGUUCUUCGUUUUAGCGAGCAGACGAGUUCUGUUCGGGUUCCUUCCAGGGCACAAGACAGACGAAGCACGCGCCGAUAGAGCUACCGUCCUUUGCAGCGACGCUUGGAUGAGCCAAAGGCAUUUCCGCACGUCAUCGAUCAGCCCGAGAUCCGCAGGCCUUCGGUACGCGGGAAAGGACAGCUGCAGGUCUUGCUUGAGUCGCCGCCCUCUUGUUCUACCAUCCCUCUCCCCCUCGAGAGGAAGGACGCUUCGCAACGACCGAGGCCCAGAAAUCCCCCGACGCGGCGCCAACCUCGGUUGACGCCAUCCCAUAACUGCGCACCAUGAGACUCCGGAACCCACGAUCGCCGCUCCUCCUUCUGCUUUCCUCCCUCGCCUUAUCCGCCGCCCUCACCGCAGGCACAGCCGACGGCACGGAUAAGUCGGUCGCCGCCUCGCCGAGCACGAAAGACGCCCCCGGGACCGGCACCAAGGAUGCGCCCGUCGAUGGCAAGGACGGGAGGCCUCAUCAGGGACCGUUUGUCGACAUCGAAAACUUGAAAAAUAACAAGGAGACGAGCACUUCCAAGGACCUUCCGCCGCUUAAGGACCGGCCCAAGGACCCGACCGUCGUCGAUGGCAAGAAGAUACCCGAGUCUAACGAUGGCGUUAUGGACGACAAGAACCGGGCUCAGCCCAAGCACGGCACCACCGGCACAACUGGCGGCGUGUCCGAGAAGGAUAAGCAGCGCAAGGCUAAGGAGGGCGAGACUGGCGAGAAGGUCGAAAACAAGCCCGAGACACCAAAGGCUGCGCCGCCAUUGCCCCACAGCGAGCAGGAGAAGAUCCUGAGCGGGAAGCCCCCCAAGAAGGAUUCCAAGGACAAGGAGAAGUUCAAGGAUAAGGGGAAAGCAGACUCACCCGACGAUGUCAGCGGUCUAGGGAAACCGAGCGAUCUUCCGGGCAAGACACACGACAAGGCCCCUCCACUGCCCAACUCUGUCCACAAGGACCACCUUGACUUGACCAAGGGCAACACCAAGACCGCUCCCGUCUCGGGCAAGACUCCUAAGCUCGCAGCCGACGAGAGCGGUGUUAUCCGCCCCCUUCAUUCCUUCUUCCUCUCCCUCACCAUGAUCCUCUUCUCCGAGGUCGGCGACAAGACCUUCCUGGUGGCGGCGCUCAUGGCCAUGAAGCACGAUCGGCUCGUCGUCUUCACAGCCGCCUUUGCCGCAUUAAUCACCAUGACGGUUCUCUCGGCCGUCAUGGGCCACACGGUGCCGUCGCUGCUGCCCAAGCGCCUGACAAACUUCAUGGCCGCAGGCCUCUUCCUUAUCUUUGGUCUCCGUCUUCUGCGCGAGGGCAUGGCCAUGAGCCCCGACGAGGGCGUCUCGGCCGAGAUGCAGGAGGUGGAGCACGAGCUUGAGGAGAAGGAGAACCUGGCUCGGAAGCAGGGCCGCAGGCGUGGCUCGGUCUCUCCGUACGCCCUCGAGAUGGGCAUGGGCGGCGGCGAACGCAAGGCCAGGUCCAAGAACUCCCGCUUCCCCACGCCGCCGCGGAGCCCGUCGUCGUCGCGCAGCCGGAGCCGCAGCCCGUCGAGGCGGCGGGUCGGUGGCGGCUCAGGGGCCGGCGGUGGCGCCGUCGGGUCGGCGCUGGCGGGGCUCAACAAUCUGCUCUCCCUCCUGCUCAGCCCGGCCUGGGUGCAGACGUUCGUCAUGACCUUUCUGGGCGAGUGGGGUGACCGCAGCCAGAUCGCAACCAUCGCCAUGGCGGCGGGCCAGGACUACUGGUGGGUGACGCUCGGUGCCGUGCUGGGCCACGCCUGCUGCACUAGUGUCGCCGUCAUCGGCGGCAGGGCCAUUGCGGGGCGGGUUAGCCUUAAAGUUGUCACUGUGGGCGGUGCCGUCGCCUUCCUCGUGUUUGCCUUGAUCUACUUCAUCGAGGCCUUCUACAAAUAAGUGUAAGACACGAGACGCCAUGUUACUAUAUCGCUCCGCACGAGCGCAAGCUCGGUGCUCGCCCAGUUUCACGCAACGUUGCCCUAUCCGAGCGUGCUGGCGGUGCGGGCCUCGGAGCCUUCUGUUCUACCAACCAUGGCUGUCUGUUUUAUUUAUUAUGUUGUACGGGAUACGACCACCACACAUCCUUGUAAUCCGAAUAACGGCCUGCCCGGACGAAUCUCAUUUGACGUCGAGUCGCUGGGAGUGACGGCGCCCCAAUCCUCGCCCAUCUCUGUCUCCUUUUGUAGCUCCAUGUCCCUUUCCCGGCGUUUCUAUCAUGUCUGGGGUAUUUUACGAAAGAUAAAGGUUUAAAACAAGUAAACUCAUGUGGUAUCGGCGGCGCCUGGGGUUGGACGCAGACGGGAAGGAGCCUGGAAGAAUGCGCACAAGCGUCACAACGGAUCAGUGGGUGCCACGGGAUGCUCGUCUCCUUUUCGUGCUUGGUGGUUUCAGGGGGGUGGAAAUAAUGAGGAUGGGCUUCGCUCAGCGUUCCCGAAUAUAUGCGCUCCGGCGCGUGUCUUUUGUAUAACUAAUCUCGCAAUAGACCUGCCUUCGCUCUUCUCCACUCCACCCGUGGAUGGGGGAGCUAUAAGCUUGGGGGUGUCCAGUCGAGGCGGCUGCUCUCUGUCCUUCCCAACAAAGCAGACUCGGGACGAGAGGGGCGCGUGCUGUGCGUCGAUGCAAAAUCCGCGUAAGCUUCCGUGCGCCCCAUGUGCUUCCCCAAGGCACUUGUGCUCCCACCCACAUCGAUCACGCCUUGGCUGCCCGCCCCCGUCAGCGGGGAUUUUGAUUGAGGCUGCAAGAUGCGGGCAACACAAGCCCGGCCCAGCCGCCCGGCCCCCGGUCUGCAGUAGGGAGGUACCAAGUACCUCUUGACUGUAGGUGCACGUCUCGGCAUCCAAUAAUUUUUUUUGUUCCUCAGAUGCGGCAGCAACCCAUUCCUCGCCUGCAAAAGGUCUAUCCUGAAAAUAAGCCGACUAUUGUAAGCGACAGUGGACCCGUUCCCUUCUCUCUCUUUUUCUUUCUCCCACCGGCAC